AAAAAAAAAAAAAAACAUCAAAAAAGCUCUUCUGCAUGAAUAAAAGAAAAUUUGUAAUAUUUUUCUAUUGAUUCAACGAAAGUCUGUCUUUUGUUCAACUGUGUUUUAAAUUAAAUUAUUAAAUAGAUAUACACCGGCUACAUAAGAAUUAAUCAUCGUUAUACGAAAUAAAAAAAAAUACAUUAUGCUAAAACUUAUUUUAGCUCUAUCCUGCCUUUUAGCGGCAGUCAACGCAGACUCUGACUUUGUUCGUGUUAAACUCCAAAAGUUCCAAACCGCUCGUCGCUAUUUCAAUGAAGUUGGCACUGACAUUGAAAACCUUCGAUUGAAAUUGAACAAUGUCGCCGGACCAACACCCGAACCCCUCUCCAACUAUCUCGAUGCUCAAUAUUAUGGUGUCAUUAGCAUUGGAACACCACCACAAAGUUUCAAAGUUGUCUUCGAUACAGGUUCAUCAAAUCUUUGGGUUCCCUCGAAGCAAUGUCAUUUCACCAACAUUGCUUGUUUAACUCAUAACAAAUAUGACGCAAAGAAAUCUUCCACUUUCAUUAAGAAUGGAACUGAAUUUGCUAUUCAUUAUGGAUCUGGUUCAUUGUCUGGUUAUUUGUCCACUGACGAUGUCAACAUUGGUGGAAUGAAUAUCAAAAAACAAACAUUCGCUGAAGCAUUGAGCGAACCGGGUUUGGUAUUUGUCGCUGCUAAAUUCGAUGGAAUUCUUGGUUUAGCUUAUAGUUCGAUUUCUGUUGAUGGUGUUGAACCACCAUUCUAUAAUUUGUUCAAUCAGGGAUUGGUACCAGCUCCGGUCUUCUCUUUCUAUCUUAACAGAGAUCCUAGCGCAAAUGAGGGAGGUGAAAUUAUCUUUGGAGGAUCUGAUCCAAAGCAUUACAAAGGUGACUUUACUUAUUUGCCAAUUACUCGCAAAGCUUAUUGGCAAAUUCAAAUGGAUUCUGGAUCAAUUGGAAACAUGACUUUCUGUGCUAAAGGUUGUCAGGUUAUCGCUGACACUGGUACUAGUCUAAUUGCAGGUCCACCUGCAGAGACUGCAGCAAUUAAUCAAGCUAUUGGUGGUACUGCAUUGCCUGGUGGACAGUAUUUCGUCAACUGUGAACUUAUUCCCAAAUUGCCAGUGAUUAAGUUUGUCUUAGGAGGAAAGACAUUUGAAUUGGAAGGCAAGGAUUAUAUUUUGCGUAUUGCUCAAAUGGGUAAGACAAUUUGUUUGUCUGGAUUUAUGGGAAUUGAUAUUCCACCACCAAAUGGUCCAUUGUGGAUAUUGGGAGAUGUUUUUAUUGGAAAGUACUAUACAGAGUUUGAUAUGGGAAAUAAUCGUGUUGGAUUUGCAGAGACUGUUUAAGAGGAGAGGAGAGAUGAAGAGAAGUAAAAAAGGUCUUUAAAAAAAUAAAAUCAAUGUAUUUUACUCUCAUUUUGUAAUUGCAAGUCUAUUUUUGAGUUCAUGAGAAUUUAUUACAGAUACCUACAACAGCCAUUCCAAUUUGUGACUUGCUGUGUUUUUUAUUAUUAUUAUUUUUUUGUUUUGAAAAUAAAUAAAAAUAUUGACCUAACUUAA